GUUCUUCUGCCCCCCCCCGCCACUGCCAGUGGGGAUGAUGGGAGUUGUAGUCCAACCAGCUCUGGGGAGGCCCGAAUCUGGGAACAGGAGGCAAGGGGGCUGUUAGGAAAGGGGAGAAGCAGUAGGGUGAUCUCCUGCUAACUGAGCCAAGAGGAGCCUUUUUAAAGUGGUGGUUUUCUUGGGGGUGGGGGAGCAACUGGUCCUCUCCAUCCCUUGCACAGCAUCCCUGCAGUGGUGACUUUCUUUCUUUCUGUGAGCCCUUUGGGGACAGGGAGCCAUUGUAUCUGUUUUUUUAAUUAUUUUUCUCUGUGUAAACUGCUUUGGGAACUUCAGUUGAAAAGCGUAUGAUUCAUUGACUGGAAAAGUUUCACCUGCUGCAGUUGCUAAAGGCACAGAAGCAAUAUCGGAACAAGCAUGUUGGCAAUCCUCAUUAAUAAACCUUCUCCUUAAUGGACAUGUUUGUAAAAUACAGAGGCUGGAAAUCAAGGACUGCUUCUGACAUGGUGCAACCAUAUGUAUGUUUACUCAGAAGUUGAAACAAGCCAGAAUUUUCUUAAGGUUUGAAGGCUCCUUUCACUACCAAGCAGAAGAUGAGGACGGUUCUUAUGGUAGCAGAGAAGCCAUCCCUGGCUCAGUCUAUAGCCAAAAUCCUUUCCAGAGGAAACAUGUCCUCUCGCAAAGGACUAAAUGGGGCAUGUUCAGUCCAUGAGUACACAGGAUCGUUCACUGGACAAAGCGCCCGCUUCAAGAUGACAUCUGUGUGUGGUCAUGUGAUGACGCUGGAUUUUAUAGGCAAAUAUAACAACUGGGAUAAAGUGGACCCUGCUGAACUUUUUAGUAAAGCCCCUACAGAAAAGAAGGAAGCAAAUCCUAAACUGAACAUGGUGAAAUUCUUACAGGUGGAAGGGAGAGGCUGUGAUGAUAUUGUUCUGUGGUUGGAUUGUGACAAGGAAGGCGAAAACAUCUGCUUUGAGGUUCUGGAUGCUGUUGCUCCUGUGAUGAAUAAGCCUCGUGGCAGUGAAAAGACGGUGUACAGAGCCAAGUUCAGCUCCAUUACGGACACAGACAUCUGCAAUGCCAUGAACCACUUAGGAGAGCCCAACCACAACGAGGCUUUGUCAGUGGAUGCCCGGCAGGAGCUGGAUCUCAGAAUUGGCUGUGCAUUUACAAGGUUUCAGACAAAAUACUUCCAAGGGAAGUAUGGCAAUUUAGACAGCUCACUCAUUUCCUUUGGGCCUUGUCAAACUCCAACACUGGGAUUUUGUGUGGAGCGACAUGAUAAAAUCCAGUCUUUCAAGCCUGAAACCUACUGGGUGCUACAAGCUAAGGUUAACCAUGAAAAAGAGAGUUCUUUGACUCUGGACUGGGACAGAGUGAGGGUGUUUGACAGAGAGAUUGCUCAGAUGUUCCUAAACAUAACAAAGGUGACAAAGGAAGCAAAGGUCGAAUCUGUAAGUAAGAAGGAGAAGGCUAAGCAAAGACCUCUGGCUCUGAAUACUAUGGAAAUGCUAAGAGUUGGCAGCGCUGCUUUGGGAAUGGGACCACAACAUACUAUGCAAAUAGCCGAACGGUUGUAUACUCAAGGUUACAUUAGUUACCCUCGUACAGAAACGACCCAUUAUCCUGAAAACUUUGACUUGAAGGGCUCUCUGCGACAGCAAGCUAAUAACCCUUACUGGGCAGAAACAGUGAAAGCAUUACUGUCCGAAGGCAUCAACAGGCCAAGGAAAGGCCACGAUGCUGGUGAUCAUCCCCCGAUAACGCCAAUGAGAGCUGCCAGUGAAGCAGAACUAGGUGGUGACGGAUGGAGACUGUACGAAUAUAUUACUAGGCACUUCAUUGCCACUGUCAGUGCGGACUGCAAAUACCUCCAAACCACCAUUGCGUUCAGCAUCGGUCCUGAACGUUUUACUUGCAUAGGGAAGAUGGUCAUUUCACCAGGUUUCACCGAGGUCAUGCCCUGGCAGAGCAUUCCACCAGAAGAGAGUCUUCCCAGCUGUGAGAAAGGAGAUACCUUCCCCAUCGGUGAAAUAAAACUGCUGGAAAAGCAAACUAGUCCUCCGGAUUACCUGACUGAAGCAGAGCUUAUCACUCUGAUGGAAAAACAUGGCAUUGGAACGGAUGCCAGUAUCCCAGUUCACAUUAACAACAUCUGCCAGAGGAACUACGUCACUGUGGAGAGCGGCCGCAGGCUGAAACCUACCAACCUGGGCAUUGUUUUGGUCCAUGGCUACUAUAAAAUAGAUGCAGAGCUUGUGCUUCCCACAAUCCGCAGUGCAGUAGAGAAACAGCUCAAUCUGAUUGCUCUCGGUAAAGCAAAUUAUCACCAGGUCCUGGAGCACACCCUGGAUAUCUUCAAAAGAAAGUUUCACUACUUUGUUGACUCAAUUGCUGGUAUGGAUGAGUUGAUGGAAGUGUCUUUUUCCCCACUUGCUGCCACAGGCAAGCCCCUUUCCCGCUGUGGAAAAUGUCAUCGUUUUAUGAAGUAUAUCCAGGCCAAGCCGAGCCGUCUGCACUGCUCGCACUGUGACGAGACAUACAGCCUUCCCCAGAACGGGACCAUCAAGCUGUACAAAGAGUUGCGCUGUCCCCUGGAUGACUUUGAACUGGUGCUGUGGUCCUCGGGAUCGAGAGGGAAAAGCUACCCACUGUGUCCUUACUGCUACAACCAUCCCCCUUUCAGAGACAUGAAAAAAGGAAUGGGCUGCAACGAAUGCACUCACCCCACCUGCCAGCACUCGCUGAACAUGCUUGGCAUCGGCCAGUGUGUGGAAUGUGAGAACGGAGUCCUGGUGCUUGACCCAACCUCCGGACCCAAGUGGAAGAUGGCCUGCAACAAAUGCAACGUGAUUGUACACUUCUUUGAAAACGCACACAAGGUGCGGGUGUCAGCAGAGACCUGCGAAUCCUGUGAUGCCGCCUUGGUGGACGUAGAUUUUAAUAAGGCCAAAUCUCCCCUCCCGGGCAAUGAGACCCAACACUCGGGCUGCGUGUUUUGUGACCCUGUUUUCCAGGACCUGGUGGAACUCAAGCAUGCAACCAUGAAGCAUCCUAUGCAUCGUGGAGGACAGGGGAAAAGACAGGGCCGUGGAAGAGGGAAAGGCAGGAGACCUGGAGGAAGACCCAACCCAAAGAAACCCAAAGACAAAAUGGCUGCUCUCGCGGCUUAUUUUGUUUGAUGCCCCGAUACGCUACUUAUUAAAUAAUAAAAAUUCAGACCAACUCUG